UUGUAACAUACAAAUCGAAAUACCUGCUUCAGGAUGAAGAUAAAGAUUUUAUUCUGGACACUUUUCCAUUUUGGCGUUGUACUGUCUGGACAAGUCAACAUUGAAUACAACAAACCUGUCUUAAAGUUGACAUUACCUUCCUAUUCGACACCUGAUGUAGGUCGAGUUAUCUUCCGUUACACAGUCAAAGAUGUUCAGAAACAUGGUGUUGCUGUUCUUACCACUGAAGGCUGGCAAUAUCAGACAAGUGAGGUCUCACUAGAUGGCGCUGAUGAAGUCUCUGUUUAUGCCGUCAUCUACGACCUACAUGGAAAUUUAAAAGAAGUCACUGAUACGUCUACAUUGAAACUAGCUCAACAGGGCGCCGUUGAGAUCCCCUCUCCAAGACGUAUCAGGGCGGUGAUAUUCAGAGAUGAUUUCAAUACAUUGAACAAAGCCAGCUGGCGUUCUGAAGUCUCCAUGUAUGGAGGAGGUAACGGAGAGUUCCAAGUGUACACCAAUGAUCCAAAGAAUGUGUACACUCAUGAUGGUCACCUGUACCUUAAGCCGAUCGCUACAGUGAGUGACCCCAGAUUUAAUGAGAACUUUCUUCAUACUGGAUACAUGGACAUGUUGACUUUGUUUGGUGAGUGUACACAUGAUGGAAACAACGGCUGCACAAGAACUGGCGGGGCUGAGAUUCUACCACCUGUCAUGUCCGGUAAAGUCUUGAGUAUUCCUUCCCUUAGGUAUGGCACAGUGGAGGUCCGAGCAAGACUUCCCAAGGGGGACUGGUUGUGGCCAGCCAUAUGGAUGGUCCCUAAAGAUAGCAAGUACGGAGGCUGGCCAAGAUCUGGCGAGAUUGACAUCAUGGAGUCUAAAGGUAACCCUGGGCCUGAUUUCGUUGAGAAGGUAACAAGUCACUUGAUCUGGGGCACUUCCUGGGAACACCAGUACUGGGCAAUCACAUAUCACGGAGAACGACACGCCACUAACUGGUAUUCUCAGUUCCACACGUGGCGCAUGGAAUGGACUCAUGACCAUAUUCUGACAUUUGUAGACAACCAACUGAUAAUGACGGCAGCGCCACCAGCCGGUGGAUUUUACGAGCAAGGGAAAUUUACCGGAACUAACAUUUGGGCUUCUGGGACAAAAAUGGCUCCCUUUGAUCAGGACUUUUACCUCAUCUUGAACGUGGCUGUGGGCGGCACCAACGGCUACUUCGCUGACGGCAAUCAUUACGGUAACGUCACCAAACCUUGGCACAACAGUUGGCCUCACCCCAAGCUUGACUUCUGGAACGCACAUAACACCUGGCUGCCCACCUGGCAUGGAGAGAACGCUGCUCUGGUCGUCGACUAUGUGGAAUUUAAGAGUUUAUAAGACGUUCAUUGUUUAAAUUCUGUUUCGCAAGAAAUAAUUAUUCUGUAAAGACCACCAAAACAUAUAAACUAUUGCUCAAAAAAA